AUGGUGGAAUCCUGUUUGCCGGAAGAGUUUUUGAAGGCCUAUCAUCGGAGUAAUUCCUUAACUCCAAAAUUAGAAGCCAAAGAAAGGCUAAACAAACUGAUGGUGUUUUUAAAGGCAGAAGUGGAGGGUGAAGCCCGAAUUAAUUUAGCUGUGGAUGGUUUUGGCCUGCUCAAAGUUGAAGAUAACAGGGUGGUAGCUAAGAAGAAAAAAGUUGAAUAUGAAAAGAAUAAAUCUCGAGCACCAUCAACAGCCGCUGUUUUACACGCAGCUUCUUACGUCAAAGAACAAAGAAGAGGUUGCCUAUUUUGUGAUGGCAAACAUAACAGUUUCGAUUGUUUUUCCGCCCAGAAAAAGCCUUUAGUUGAGAGGCAGGAAAAAGUAAGAAGUAGAAAUGGGUGUUUUGCGUGUUUGGCUCCCGGUCACGUAGCUAAGUACUGCAGGAAUUUCGUAAAAUGCCUGAUAUGUGGUCGAAAACAUGUAACACUCAUGUGUGAAAACUUAGAACAAAUGAGAAAAUCAGCUUCGAACGAGGGAGAAAAGGUGCAGACGAAAACAUGCGUAAAUGAACUUAAUAUGGCGAAUUUAAAUCAGACGCCAGACGUUCUUCUGCAAACUUUGGUCGCCAAGCUUGUCUCCAAUGGUAAAGAAAUGCAUGUUCGUCUGCUAAUUGAUACAGCAUCGCAGAGAUCCUAUAUCCUUAAUACCGUUGCCCAGAAGAUGAUGUAUACUCCUUUAGAAGGAAUGAAUGUGGCUCAUUCACGUUUUGGAGGUGUAACUACUGAUGUUAGAAAACACAAGAAAUAUGAAAUAAGAGUUGCAUCGUUGAAAGGAAAAUUCUCUAGCACUUUGGAAGUGUUGGGCCAAAAUGUUAUUUGUGAGAAGAUAUUACCUGUAAAUAGAGGUCCAUGGCUGAAGAAACUUAAGAGUUUAAAAAUUUCUUUAAAUGAAGUUAGCUAG